AUGUUCGGCCCUAAAACUAUUGUUUUGGCUGCGGCAGCCCUAUUCCAGGUCACCCAGGUCGUCGCCACCAACUGCCAGACCAUCCUCAAAGACACCUCGACCUUCACUGGCAGCUCCAUUAUUGAGCAUAGGUCGCUUGUCAUUUACAAGAACGGCAAUGCCGUUGGUUCCUACAGUGGCAACCCAUAUGGUGGCGAGUGGAUCAGCAUCGACUCUCAGCUGCCCUACGUCUUCGUCUGGGCCGCCAAUAGCUACGGCGCCGGGCCCGCGUCCUGCAAGGGCAAGUACGCCGACCAGACGUCCCUCAAAGGCAAGGUCUCCGGCUCCGGUUUGCAAAAGGGCAGUGUCUGCACCAUUGAUUUCAACUGUUAA